AUGGCCGAGUAUAAGAUUACAAUGCAGCAGUCGACACCCUAUUAUGCUCAGGCUAAUGGACAGGCUGAAGCUACAAACAAGGUCCUCAUCCAAAUUGUGGAAAAGAUGAUUCAGGAAAAUUUACGUGAUUGGCACAAUCUUUUGUCAGAAACUUUAAGGGCUUAUCGGACCUCCAAAUGCUUGGCUACAGGGACAACUCCCUUUGCUCUGACUUAUGGACAUAACGCAAUGUUACCAAUGGAAAUGACAGUCAGAUCAUUGAGAGUCGCAAUGCAAAACAAUCUCACGGCCGACGAAUAUAGUCAGGCAAUGCUACAAGAACUAGAGGAUCUUGACCAGGCACGACUGGAUGCAUAUGAUCGACUUCAAGCUCAAAAGAAGGUUGUCGCUCGUGCUUACAAUAAAAAGACCAGAUACAAGAGUUUUGGGGAAUACGAGUUAGUUUGGAAAGCAGUGUUACCCAUCGGCACGAAGGAUCCCAGAUUUGGAAAAUGGUCACCAAAUUGGGAGGGCCCGUUUAUUAUUGACAAAGUUCUCGGAAAAUGA